ACUAGUCCUUCCACCAUACCAUUUCCAAUUGUUCCUAAUUCCUCACCUAAUUCCUCCACUAUUCCCAUGUCUACUUCAUCCUGUACAUUCAUGUUCCUUGCAUAUUCACCACUUAUGCCAGCUACUUCUCCACCUACUGUGUCAAGCAGUCCGGUUGUUGCCUCUUCAUCACCCGCUACUCAUGAUCUUUCUAGUCAUGUAGUCCCUUCAUCCUCCAAUCAUGUUGUGAAUCAUGGAGCUAGAACUCAUUCCAUGGUUACACGGUCCCAAGAUGGCACUCGUAUGGUCCAUGUGUUACCUUCUUUGCUUGCUAUUGAUUGUGCUUUGAGAGAACCUAAAAAUUUUAAAGAAGCCAGUAAAUAUCCAACUGGUAGAGUGGAUGGCAAUGUUGAAAGAUUAAAGGCACGUCUUGUUGCUCAAGGUUGUGUUGACACUCGUCAGUCUAUUUCUGGUUAUUGCUUAUUUUUGGGUAAUUCUCUUAUUUCUUGGUCAUCCAAGAAACAACACACUGUUGCUCCAUCUAGUGCAGACGCUGAGUAUUGUGCUCUUGCAAAUGCUGUUGUUGAGAUUAAACCGGAACAACCUCUUGCUUACGGGUGCAAGAUUAAACCAUCACAAGUGAAUCUCAACUCACUCAACCCCUUCAAGGAUUAACCCAAUCCAAGAAGAAUACAAAACCCUUGUAAGACAAUAUACCCAAAAGCUUACAAGAAGAAAAGAAGAAGGAAAACCAAAACACUUUCAAACCCAGAACUGUUGCAGUUCGUCCUUCUUCUCUCUGAAUUUUUCAGAUCUGAAUUUGAUCAUUUUAAUAGAGAUUUGGAGCCUUG